AUGUCUCGUAGUUGCCCUUCCUCUAAUAUUCGUACUGAUCAUUUUUAUUCUGCAGAAGAGAAUAAUACAAAUGCCAAUAGUCUUUCUACUUCUUGCCAAAUAUACAAAUAUUGCAAUAAAGAUGUUGUUAACUUAGUUGAUUAUUUGAAAGAAUAUUUGAAUAUAUGUAAUUCUUUUUCUUAUAAACUUCGAGAAUCAACUAAUUUAAUUACAAGAAGUGCAAAGCAAAUGUGUUCUCAGUUUAUAACUAAUUUUUUGGAUAGUAUGCCUCAAAAUGACAAAAUUAUUUUAGAUAAAAAACUGGCUAAUUUUUUUUACUUAUCUGCUAUUCUUUUUCUACAAUUGAAAAUCCAUAUUGAAUUGAUUUUAUAA